GAUUUUUAGAUUCACACAUACAGAAUUAGUUGGCAGAGGAUAAAAGAGACACACCUUUGAUCGGCUUGACCGUGAAGGCGUAUCACCAGCUGAUGCCCGUUCUAUGCCUUUUUACAAAAGGGUUUCAUGACUAUUACCGUGCGUUUAGUCACUCAAGGAUUAUUUUAAACGGUUUACUAGGCUCUGAUUUAAAUCUCGCUCAAAAUGUCUUCUACCCAAGCAUCUGAGAUGGCUGAGAGUUGGAAGAACUGUUUUGAAGAGGAGCUCAUCUGCCCCAUAUGUCUGCAUGUGUUUGUGGAACCUGUGCAGCUGCCGUGCAAGCACAACUUCUGUCGUGGGUGUAUAAGCGAAGCCUGGGCCAAAGACACAGGCCUAGUGCGCUGCCCGGAGUGCAAUCACACUUACAAUCAGAAGCCCAACCUCGAAAAGAACAUCAAGCUGACCAACAUUGUGGAGAAGUUCAACGCCUUAAAUGCUGAGAAAGAGCCAGUCAUCCCUCAGUGUAUCCUGUGCAGACGGGGACCGGCAAUUCCUGCACAGAAAGUUUGCCUCCGCUGCAACGCUCCCUGCUGCCCUUCGCAUAUUCAAACACACCUGCAGCAGCCCUCUCCAAAUGCUGGACAUAUGCUGGUGGAUGUUGAGGACGUACGAGCCUGGAGAUGCCCUCAGCAUGAUGAGUACAGAUUGUAUCACUGUGAGGUUGAGCAGGUGGCUGUGUGCCAGUACUGCUGCUUUUCCAGAUGUGCAGCCAGCCAUGGUCAGGCUUUCUGUGACAUUGAAGUGCGUCAGAAUGACAUACGGCAAAUGCUGAUGAAGCAGCAGGAUCACAUUGAGGAUCGAGUGCAAGACAUAGAAGAGCAAAUGUACAAGCUGGAGUCGGACAAACGGCAGGUGGAGGAUAAGGUGGAGCAGCUAAAAGAGGAGGUACGUGUGCAGUAUCAAAAGAUGCAGCAGCUUCUCGAAGAAGACCUAGGGAAGACUCUAGAAGUGCUGGAAAAAGCACGAGUGAAGUUCUGCCAGGAGAAUUCCAGCCAGGUUCUGCAGCUUAAUGAGCAGCACCAAGAGGCCAAGAAGCUGCUCAGCUCCGUUCAGGUGCUGUUCGACAAAGCGGAUGACAUCAACUUUAUGAAGAACACAAAGCCUGUGAAAAUUCUCAUGGAUAGGUCUCAGACAUGUACAGGCAGUGUGCUACCUCCCUAUAAAGCAGGUCAUCUUAACUCAAAAAGCUUCCUCUCUGAGAUCUCCAAAAAGGAAAAGAACCUACGGAAAAUGCUGGAAGCACCCUUCACUGCUCCUUCACACUUUCUCCAGAGCGUUCCCGUGUACCCGUGCAGCUCGGCUCCGGAGAAGCGCAAACACUCGAGCGCCUUUCCCGAAAGCAGCGCAGGCUUCAUGGAAUCCUCUUCAGGCUCGGCGAGCAAGAAGCAGUUCCUGACUUCCGGUUCCAGUUUGGCUGAAGGGCUGCCUGUGGCCCCCUGCAGCUCCGCUCAGCACAACGUGAGCCUUAACAGCGGCGGUAGUACCGGAGGCGGCGCUCAGCCUGUCCAUCAUUCUAGCUCUGUCUUUAGUCCUGCCCACUACCCCAACGCUGGCUCCUCCCAGCAGGCCGUGCUGCCUCAGUAUAGCGGCCGCAAGAUCCUCAUGUGUACGAUGGACAACUGCUACUGCUCCAGUAUGCCCUCUGUGUCCGGUCACCGCGCUCACCCGCCCUACCCCCGCUCGUCCUCGUUCCCCUGGACGCAGGAGUUUUCUCACCCCUUGCCCUCGGCUCCUUCCAUGUCCCAACCACUACAGGGCCUUUCUGUGCGCAACUGGAUCGACGCCUCGCAGAGCCACAGGCACCCCGACUUCUACGGGCUGUACGGCCAGUCUUCUACUAAACACUAUGUCACUAGUUAACUCUCCUCUAGCAUACUUUUUGUUGGUUCAUUUGAAGUUGCUUCCUUCUUUCUUUUUUUUCAUAUUACCCCUGUGUUCUUUAGGUUGCAUUUAAUCUUUAAAAGGAAAUGAAAGAUUGCUCUUGGAAGUGGCACUUUGUCGCCUUUUAUAUUAGCAGGGUAUGUUUCUCUCAACCACAAAAUCACACCAUCUUCCAUCUUAACUCUCAGAAAGCUUUUAAAAUCCCUCCUGGUUUUGGUGCAGAUUUUAAUAAGGAAAUCUUUUUUCUUUAAAAAGGUUGCAGUUGUGCUUUUAAAAUUACAAACAGAUCUGGGAUAAUUGCACAUGCUGCUGACCUAGAGCAGAUAAUGUUAGGCUGUUAGUGAGGCCGAUAUAGAGUUUUCUCCCAGCCCCCUCUUCCUGCCUUUAGGGUGUCUGAUGAGGAGGAAGCCUCGUUUUACCAUCAAUUCGGUCUGGUUUUCACUUUGGAACGGGGGGGCGCCUUAUUUACUGCGUUUACGUGUGUGUCUAGCCAGUUGAUGGUUCUAUCAGCAUGGGUGGUUAGUACAAAGUUGCUAAUUAUUAAAGAAAUCAUGAGUAAAUAAGUAAGUAAUGCAUUUGAUUACUUAUAUUACUUCAUUCAAGUGCAGCUGGGGUGUGUAGCUAGUUGCUCUAGGUCUUGGGAUCAAUCUUUUACUUAAAUGCCUUAAAGGGGGCAAGAUCUAGAUUCUUCUUUCUGUUUUUUAUUUUAAUGUUGGCUGAAAAGGUUCCUCUUCAUUUAGAAAUAAAUGACCUAAAAGAGUCACAGCACUCACAGGUGGUACAUGCCUUUCAAAGACUUUUCUGAAACCUCCCAUCUUCCCAGAAAUAAUCUUUCCUGCAUUCUGCUUCCUGUUGGGUAUGAUACUUCCUGCAUCAAAGCACAUGUAUGACAUGUUCAGGACCGUCAGCUUCUGCACUUACUGUUUGAUCAUACACUUACAGAGAAGUUAUAUCCUUCCUCUUUAAACCCAGCUCGGGUCGGGUCAGCGGCUCUGUGUGCUUUCUGCACAGCGCUGAUUGUUAGGAACAUGCUACAAAUCUGUCGACUUCCUGUUAGUGACUCUAAGCUGUCCGAAAAGCUUUUCCUUGCACCCUGUGCUCCCAAGAGGGUAGUUGGGUUUGGAUAGAAAAAAAGAUGAAUGACAUUUUUUCAUGUAUUUUGUACAAGAGAACAGACUGCUGAACUUCUGAAAGUCGAUUCGCCGUGCUUCGAGAGAGUAUUGUUUGUUGAAAUACAAAUGUAUACAGUACAGUCUUUUUGUACAUAUUUUGUGCAACACAAAAGUGUGGCUCUGAUCUUCAAAAAAUAAACAGCAGUUACUGGAGCCAGA